UUUGUUCCCUACCACUGUUAACUUUGAGAAGACAAAAGUCGUCGCCAAAGAUCAUCAAUAUACAAUAAUACUGUGUUGAUGUGCGGAAGUGGUUUGUGUUUUGAUGUGUGUUGUGUAGUUUGAAAAGCAAUUUUGAAGUCGCAGCCGUCAUAAUGCCGGCGUAUCAUUCAGGCUUUACGGAAUUUAGCCAAGUCGUGGGUAACAUGGCAAUUUUACCUUUUAGAACACAAUUUAGAGGACCAGCGCCUACAUUCACAAAGGAUACAGACAUCAUUGAUGAAGCUCUGUACUACUUCAAAGCAAAUGUAUUCUUUAGGACGUACGAAAUAAAGAAUGAAGCUGAUAGAGUGCUUAUUUACAUUACCUUGUAUAUAACGGAGUGUUUGAAGAAGCUACAAAAAUGUAGCACUAAAGCGCAAGGGAUGCAGGAAAUGUAUGCAUUGGCAAUAUCUAAGUUUGACAUCCCUGGUGAGCCAGGAUUUCCUCUUAAUUCUGUAUAUGCCAAACCUAGCAGUCCUAGUGAGGCAGACCUGAUGAGGCAGUAUAUACAGCAACUUCGUCAAGAGACUGGUGUAAGAGUAUGUGAAAAAGUUUUCUCUAGUGAUGAUGGGAAACCAUCAAAGUGGUGGCUGUGCUUCGCAAAGAAGAAGUUCAUGGACAAGUCCCUUUCUGGUCCUGGGCAGUGAUGAGAGAACGUGAUGGGAUUCAUAUUUGAGGUGCUCCGUGACAGCAAUGCAUUUUAUGAAGUAUGCUUGUUAACUAAUUAUCGUACUCUCCUGUAUCUUACUUCUGUAACGACCUUGUUGCAGAAGUAGUAA